GAUCUGAAUGGAACAAAAGAAUCUUUUAUCUUAGCUGAUAAAUUUUAUAAAGACUGUAAUAUAUUACAAGAAUUGAAUAUUUCUAUUGAUUAUUUAUGUAUAUUUGGUCAAAAUAAUCAAGAUUUUCAAGAAAAAAGUCUUAUGAUAUUACAGCAAAAAGCUAUAUAUGAAGAGAUAUAUGGGAUAUACAAAAAAGCACUUAAAAAAGAAAAAAGUGAUCAAGACCAAAAAAGUAAUAAAAACCAAGAAGACAAUAAAGAAAACCAAGAAGAAAGUGAUAAUAAACAAAUGAAUAUGAUUCAAAAUCCUAAAAAAAAGUAUAGAAAAGGACGUCUAUUGG